UCUUUGAACUUCGUUUUGAAGAGCUUGCUUUUUGCCUAUUGAAACCCAAGUAGGUUUUCUCUGCACCGAUAGACCGAGAGAGAGAGGAAAAGAAUGGAGACGCCAGGGGAAUGGUUGGAGAAGGCUUUGGUGGAAUUGUGUAAGAAAAUAGAGACGGGUUUGGAUUUGGAUGGAGAAAUCAUAUCUGGUUUGGUCUCAUAUUGCGAGCUGGCUCAGCCCCUUGAUGCCAAAGAAUAUCUUGACAAUAUUAUUGGGCAGGAAGCAGGAAAAAGUGUGACUGAAGAGUACUUGCGGCGGAGAGGUCACUCAGAUCUCUGCACUGGCAAUGCCGCCAUCCCAACUUCAAAACUUCAAGCCUAUGUCAAACCACCUUCAGGUGAAAGCUCUCUCAGUGGAUCCAAGAAACCAUUUAAAACUCCAAAAGAGGCAGCAGGCUCCAGUUCUCAAUCUGAACCAAAGAAGAAUGUCAUUUCUGGUAAUCAGGAAAACAGAAUCCUGAAUGAUGCUAGUGAUCCAAGAAAUACCCAUAAAGGAAACCAAGGUAAUUCUAAAAAGAAGAAAGCUGGCAAAGUUGUUUCACUUGCUGAGGCAGCCAAAGGGUUAAUUGUCUUCCAGCAGGGGAAACCAUGCUCAUGCCAAGCUCGUCAGCACAGGCUGGUAAGUAAUUGUCUUUCCUGUGGUAAGAUAGUCUGUGAGCAGGAGGGAGAGGGGCCUUGCAAUUUCUGUGGUGCUCUGGUGCUUAGAGAAGGGAGCACAUAUGCUGGUCUAGAAGGAAGCUUCACACCCGUAUCAGAUGCUGAAGCAGCCGCUGAAGCUUAUGCAAAAAGGCUUGUUGAAUAUGACAGAAACUCUGCAGCACGUACAACAGUUAUUGAUGACCAAAGUGACUACUAUGAGAUUGAGGGUAACAGCUGGCUGUCAAAGGAGGAGAAGGAACUUUUGAAGAAGAAACAAGAGGAGAUUGAAGAAGCUGAACGCUUAAAACGAAGUAAAGUGAUUGUGACUUUUGAUUUGGUAGGACGCAAGGUCCUAUUGAACGAAGAUGAAGUUUCAAAACUAGAAUCAGAUAACAGCAUACUUCUACGACCACCAGAUGAAAGGGAAGCGAACAGGAUUAAACCUAAUCCAAACCUUAGACUGCAACCAGUUUUUAUAAAUCCAGCUCCAAGUAGGAAGCCUUCUAAGAGUAAACAGCCAAGUAGGAGCCCUGUCAAUGGCUUGUGCUUGGAAAUUACUGGGAGGGUACAGCAUGACAGCAAUGAAUUGAAAUAUUUUAUGACGGAUAAACAGAUGGAAGCAGCUUGAAAUGGAAGUUUAGGCAAGGACACCUAAGUAAACAGUGGUCUCGAUGCAGGAUGAUGAUGAAUGUUCUCUAGAUUACCAUUAAGAUCAAUAUCUUGCGUACUAUAAUUUUUGGUUCUGUCCUCUUUAUCUUUCGUUGAUGACUCAAAAACACAUUUUUUUUCUAGUAGUGAAUCAAUGAAAUAGCUAAAGUUCUUUUUCUUCA